GUCCCCAUACAGGAUUUAUACUUCCAGUAGUGUUAGGCUAUAGCCUAUUGCUAGCGCCUUGCGUACAAAGUCAUCCUGCAGCAUCAUAGAUCGAUACGUGUCAACAAAUGCCAAUAGGCAAGUGUCAGGUUUAGGCUCCUCCCAUUUUGUGUCUCGCUGGGCUGUACGCUAGUCGCUAUACCUGUUGUAUUCUAAUUUAUGGUGAUUUUUGAGCCGAGCUAUGACAAGGAUCUUCUAAACUGACUAGAAAGACUUGAUAACUCGGACUGUCGAAGUUCAGCUGACCACAUUGCUGUGUCACAUGAACUUGUUCUUCUGACAACAUUGCUGUACGAUAUGGCCUUUUUCUACUGACAACAUUGCUGUACGAUAUGGACUUGUUCUGCUAACAGCAUUGAUGUACGAUAUGGAUUCGUUUAGCUGGAAACUUUGCCCAUUAUGACCCGUGGGGGCUAACAACACAAACCUGUGGUCAUGUCGACGCCUGAGUGGGGCGGGGACGGUUGUACGGACCCACCUCUAGCACACGGCAUGACUGCCGAAUUAGGGAACCACGAACGCUGCAGCACCUGCAGAAAGGCAAUCUUCAACAAGCUGUACCAUUGCAAGCAUUGCAGCGGUCGAUGUAAACGACGAUGCAAGCAUUCUGGGACAACUAGCUGCAGGAGAUGCGCACGCAAGCGAACGAAAAGAGGAGAGACCCACUGGUCAAAAGUUUUGCAAGCCAAUGAAGUCAACUCGAACUUCGUCAUUUUACCUUGCGCUGACAGCUGUGGAAGUUUCCACGUUGAAGUGUCCGACAUUUGCACCUGUAAUAUGAAAGGAAGGGUCAGCAAAGAUGGUGGCGUCCUCUCCAAUCUGUACGAAAGGUUUUGCCAGUGGUUGCUGUCAAAGAAGAAAAACCCUACUCCGACAGGCAUGAGACCUGGGGACAAAAAACGAAACAGCCGUAAAGGCUCAGGGCUAGGCAUCGACCUUGGCUAUGUUAGUUUUGACGAGGUCGUGUUGAAUUCUCCCAUAGAAACUAACAGAGAGUUUUCCUUCUCUCGUCCGUAUACGAUGUCCUCGUCGGACAGUUGCUCGUGUUGUAGUUAUUCAACGACAUCGUCCCUCAGCAGUGCCACCUUUGGCAUUGCCCUAGCGGACGGGCAGGUAACGGACAUUGUGGAUAGCCUGGUGCAGAGCGGGUCCUCGGAGCGGUCGGCCCAUUUCCAAGAUUUUCCGAUAGGUCACUUCCCAGAGGCAGCAGCGGGGCAUCCCCUGGAUGAACCAUCAGCCAACUGCCAGGAAGCUGCAUCGGCAAACUUCCAGGAUCCACAAUGUCUUGUUGCUGGAGAGCAACCGCUUCAAGAAGAAUUCCAGGAUGAAGUUUUCCUUCCGGUGGAUAAGUUCUGGUCUCUUCAGUUGUCCAGGCAUUCCAAGAUAAAUAACAGAGCUAGAGAACGCCGCCACACUUCAUUAACGACGACUUUAAGUUGUCCUCACAAAACUUCAUCCAAAAGCUCGACAGACUGUGACGAUGGAAAACUAGGUCUAGCGUUGUGCUCCACGUGGCCUCUGCUCGCAUAUCCCAGCCAGGAAUACGGUCCGCCCGACGAGGUGAGGGAUGAAGUACAUGUAUAUGUUGAUGAGCUGAGUGAGCAGUUUUUCAACCCUUUGUCCAGACGGCAAGCGUCUAACCUGAGUGAUUCACUAGGAGACUGUACCAUACCGUUCGCUGAUUUGGAGUUUGGGGAAUGUAUUAGAAGUGGCCGUCGACAGCAAAUCCACAGAGGCAGGUGGCAUGGUGACGUCAUCAUCCACACAUUCCGUGACCUGGACGAUGAGGAGGUAAAGUUCUUUCUGCGGGAGGUGUCCAACAUGAGCAUGAUACGUCAUGACAACAUUACGCUGUUCAUGGGGGCGUGUCUGGAACCUCCGACGCUAGCAGUUGUCAGCGGGUUGAGCCGGCGACCUUCUCUCUACGAGAGUAUCCAUAUAAAGGGGGAGAAGAUGCAGCUGCACAUGCGCGUACAGAUAAUCCGGCAGAUUGCCCAGGCUAUGGGCUACCUCCACGCUAAAGGUAUCAUCCUUAGGAGGCUCAACACGAAAAACAUCUUCCUUGAACCGAAAGUGAAAAUCUCCAUCAUGGAUCACGGCAUGAGUCAGCAGAAAUGUGAUAGGUCAGACAAAGGGUGUAUUCCUAAAGGUCACUUGACCUACAUCGCCCCUGAACUGUUAAGGACCGUCCGAGUGGAGCCCCCAAGGCUGAGGACUGACGAAACAUUCACACGAGAGACCGAUGUGUUUGCUUUUGGGACGGUGAUGUAUGAAGUGUUCGCAGGCCAUUUUCCCUAUUCGGACCUCCCUCCAGAUGUGGUCAUCUAUCAAGUGGGCAAAGGUUAUCGGCAGCCGCUUUCUGACCUCAACUGCCUGUCUUUCGUAAAGGAUCUGAUAAAAGAUUGCUGGACGCACGACUCCCUUAGCAGGCCUGAAUUCUGUGAAAUCACCAAAGGCCUCAUCCACAACGCCGCUCUUCACAAACGUCACAGCUCAUCGGAACCGGAGGGCAUCAACAGGUCAGGUUUCAGAAACAGGUCUUUUUUCACCUGAAGCGAAAGCUUAUGGUUGGAAAGAGAAUGAAACCGUCGAAGUGCUUCACAGGCACAUUGGCUGCUGGUUGGCCAGUGAGUGUCCACGUGACCGGUCGAACAAGCGUGCCAAACUCGCGCGGGCUGGGCAGGUCCCGUCCUGUCGAGCAGACGACAGUCCAGGCGCGGGAUCAGCCGAGGGUCGUCUGCUCCCAGAGCGAGGCUCGGCACGAACAGACGCGGAUGCGGGCAUCCGAAACUAAGAGAUACAGUCCUUCCUGACGGACCUCUUGUCAGAAGUUUAGAACAACAAUCGAUGAGUGAGAUAUCGAUAAGCUUGCAAUAAGCACAAUACGCUGUAUCGCUGCACGUGUCCAGCGUGUCUCUCUACAUAUUGAGCAAUUUGAUGUACAUUUGAGCUUCUACGAAUUCGAGGCUAAAUGACGUACAUGGCAAUAAUGGGGCAAUGUGAAAUGGUGCCUAUACAUAGGCAUACAGGCUUAGCUAAGGGCUAUUUCUCGCAUGCCAUUAUUUAGCCAAAAUGGGUUUCUUCUUCUGAUCAUAGAUUACAGACCCUGGAUAAUGUUGAUGCAUGACAUUACAUAUGUAAGAUGCAUCUUAUAGAUAUAUGACUUAUAUGCUUCUUCAUCCAUUAAUACGUUGAAGAAACGGAUGUACGAAGGUUUGAGUGGAAGUAUGGGUACAACCGCUGCCAGUUAAUUAGAGUUUAAAUGCUUCCAGUUCGGUACAGUUAAUUAGAGUCAAAUGGUUCCAGUUCGGUACAGUUAAUUAGAGUCAAAUGGUUCCAGUAUGGUACAGUUAAUUAUGGUCUAAGUGGUUCUGGUUUGGUACAAGAUUGCAUGGAUCUAGUUGAUAAGGAUAUACACAUAAGCGACAGGUAGUCACUGCCUAAUCAACAGAUAAUUGGUAUGGAUAAUUUGCCCACUGUAUUAUUCAGCCAUUACCGGAUACUUCCGAAAUGAUAAGAGUCGAAAAUGCGGAAAAUGCAAGACUUGUGAAUGAUAAGUUUGUUAAAUCGUUGACUCUGAUGACGAUAAAACAGUUGCUGUGAUAGAUGGUUUUGGUGUGGUUUUUGUGAUACAUAGCACUGAACAAAUGGUUAUAUACCCCUGUCAAUUAUUGUAUAACGUAUUUAUAAUGUGCAAUCUGUAAAGGGAGUGAACUCUAUCUUCUGUGAUCUGAAAACUUUAUAUAGAUUGCAUCUAUAUUGUCCAUUUUAUAUGUCAAUGCAUAAACCGUGUGCUUUUAGCAGAUUUUACAACACUGGUGAACGGUUUUACAACUUCAUUCUUCUUGUUCCAUAUCGGAGAUAUUAUCACAUAGUAUAUAAUUCCGUGGAAAGUUUUACCAUCCCACAGGAAAUGAGGGUUUUCACUUCGUGCAAUUGUUGAAGUUAUGUUAUAUGAUAUGAUAGCUUUUAUCUUUGUUGAUCACUUUUAAAGUCUAUUCUACAUGUGAACAUAUUUUCAUUGUUGGCUUUUGUGUUGUGGCAGGUGCCACAUAUUAUAUGUUUUUUAAUCGUAUUACCAAAUGUGUGAUUUUCCAUAUAGUUUAAGUUAUGAAUAUCUUUUUAAGAUUUGGGUGGUUGUAAUCAAACUGAUAGAGAUUAUCAUACCCUCUGUUCACCUAAAGCCCACGACUCCCCAAACUUCUCAGCCUGUGUCCUUCCCGCCAGUGCCUUAGAUCUCCUCGUUACAACUUCAUUCUGAACUCUAACGCAGCACCCCUCACCCGAAUCUGCUCAAUGCUGUUGCUCCCCUCCCACUUCCAUAUAGGACUUAAAAGCUAUACUAAAUUAUGUAAUUUAUUCUAUAAUAGACUUUUUGCCGCUAUUUUAUAUAUAACAUAAGUUUUUGUUGUUUUGUAUUUGGUGAACCGGGUUCGACUCGAUAUGUGCAAUUUGAAAUAAAAACUUAUCACCC